CAUUCAGCCUUUUCUGCUGCAGCAUUGAACUUGCAGAGAGAGAGAGAGAGAGAGAGAGAGAGAGAGAGAGAGAGAGACACUGGGCAGUGUUGUGCAGAGGAGACUCGAUGUUAUGAGGCUGCCAUGAAAUGAACAUCAAACGUGAAUUGUUUUCCGAUCCACUGAAGAGCACCGCUGAAGAGGAGUGGUCAGGGAGGGAGAACAUUAUUAUGCACUUUUAGAUCGACGUCGCCUUGAACGCAGCACGGCCACCUCGCUGAGCCUCAAGUGCGUUUGAUCCUCGGAGAAGAAGUUGUGUGUCCGGCGGGCGAUGAUUCGCAUCUGAUUGUUUGUGAACUCCUCCUGAGCGGACUGCAGACGGGCAAAAUCGCUGCAUUGUGGCAACUGAGGCGCUGAUUCUUUGCCCGAGGAUUGCACAAUCCCUGCUCCCCCCAACAUGUCAUCUCAGGCGAAAGUCAAGAAGGACAAAGAGAUUAUUGCCGAAUAUGAAACCCAAGUGAAAGGUUGGUAACGUGCAGGCCUGAUCAUAUUGUUAUUCUGUGUGAGUGUGUGAAGGCACUAUUGCAUAACUUCAAGCUUUGUAUGACUCUCAAGUGUGCAGUGCUGUUGGGUGGGACAGAUUUGUAGAGUUACAGAUGACAGCCAUUUAUUUUUAGCAUCUGUUUGGGGAAUAUUACCUAAUUUAAUCGCAUUACAUGUAAUUUUUGAAAUCUGGUGACAAUGAUUCAAGUUGUCUGAACCAUUUUUUUCCAUGUACACAGUGUGACUAAGAUCCAUACCAUGCCUUGCCUUAUGUGUGGCCAUGUAAAGCCAGUGGGGCUCGGUAACUGGUUUGAAAGUACAUCUGCUAUUUCUGUCAGAUUGUCUUGAUGCUGCACGCCCAAAAAGGGAAUGCACCAAUUCACCUUGGAUAAGCUUUUCAACUGACUAUAGGUCAUGCACCUGAGAUACUCAUGCAGAAUAUUUGGAGACAUCUGACCACACUUGGCAACUUCUUUCCAUGAAGAAGGUCAAUUUUUGGCAAUCAACCCAGUUCUGAAGGACACUCUAAGGCAGGGGUGUCAAACUCAACCACAGCAAGGGCCAUAAUCUGGAUUAAGGUCUAACCUGAGGGCCAAACAGGGUCAACAUUUUACCAAAACUGUCAACCUCCUUUUCAAGAAAUAUGUAACAAAAAUAGCAGUGAUUAUAAAUCAUUUGGAAAUUCAAAUAUGAUAAAAAGAAAAAAAUAUUUUUUUAUUCUAUUUUUAUUUAGUAGUUCAAAAGAUCAGAGUAUGAUAUUAGAAAUAGGAAAAUAAUGCAUUUAAAGAGCAAAUACACGAGCAGAACAUUGAAAUCAGGUUUAAAAGGUCAAAAUAUAAUUUAAGAUUUAAAAUUGGAAUCUAAAGUAUAAAAAUGAAACAAGUCUAAAAACUGAGUUAAACAAAUCAAAGCAUGAAAUAAAAAUUCCAAUCAUGCUUGGCUUGUAAUCCUGAGAUGCAAAAUUGAAAGCAUGAAAUGAAACACCAAAUAUUUUUUCCCCCACAUUCUUGACUUUUUAUCAAAUCUUCCUUACCAUUUAAUUUCCUAGAUUUUCGUGGUUUGUUAAGGACAUUUUAAAUAUUGGUGCUAAAGUUCACAUGUUUAUACUGGAGGAAAUCUGCAGACUUCAUACUGGUGGGCCAAUAAUAAUACAAAUAGGAUAUGAUCUGCGGGCCAGAUAUAAUUGUUCCACGGGUCAGAUUUGGCCUUGAGUUUUAAACUUGUGCUGUAAGGGGAGCAACUAUGAGUCUUUUCCUGACACUCUAGUGUAGGAUCGAGGGGUGUGAGGAGAUGCUGGAAAAGAUCACACAGCAAACAGUUCAGAAAGUCCAUACAUAAUGUAUGCCGUCUGUAUGAAUUAUGAAGCAUGAAAGGAUUUUACUGUCUGACGCUAAAUAUGUGACUGGAUAAACCACAUGGAGCAAGAAGCCAGUGAGGAACACUGACAUAAGAUUGAAACAGACAGCGCAGGAUGUAUAUAGGUGGGUUCUCUCCUGAGCCUUUUAGAGAUGGCUUCCAGCAGUGUCAAGUCCAACACGCUCUGCAUCACCUUCUCACGGUUGUGGUUUUGCUCAUGUAUCAGGUUUUAAAGGAAAACUAAGUGCAGAAUACGCUCUAGUAUUCAUUAGGCUUUGUCGGCGUAUAGUAUAACUCAGAAUGCCCCACUACAAUGUGGUCACGGCUUUUGCUUAGGCCCAGACUCUUUGGUUCAAAAUCAUCCAACAGGAGUAGGAAGUCAAAAGCACCCGUACAACAGAGCAGACCUUGGAAGAGAAAACACCAACCAAAGCUAGACUCAGGGUGGGUGUAAGGAUCGGAUAUUGGAAGGAUAUUACAAUCUCAAGAUGUUCGCCAAUGUGUUCUUGCAGCUGCUUUUUCUUCCUACGCUGUGGUGGGUUAAUGAAGGCUGUUUAAAAUGCAUACAUUAACUGUAGUGUUAGCUGAAGGUAAAAUAAUUUUAAUAUUUCUGGAAUUUAAGAGAGAAAUACCAUUUAAAUGCUCAUCUUAAAGAAUUAUGUAGGCUAAAUGUUGCACAGUAAAAGGAAUGGUGAAACAUUUUAUGCUCAUUAGCCAUACAAAAAACGCUUGCUUCUUUAUCACAUAUUUCAUUAUUCUAUUAAACAUUUAAAGUUAAUAUGUUUGAAAUUAACUCCUCUGUCAUACCUUUUCACUAAAAAAGUAGCUGUUUAACUGAAAGUUUGCUUAGCUAAGUUAGCUGAAAACAUGAGAGACAAUCCACCCUGUUUUUUGGCACACAACAGUUAUUUCCUGAAGAACACUAAUCCCCUGUGAGACUUGUCAUUUUAACCUUUUAUUUUCAGACCAUACAAACACAAUAUGAAGGAAAAGUUACCCAGUUCAGGAGACACUGGUAAGCUGCUAACGCUUGUCAGUUGAUUCCCCCAAUUUCCUGUUCUUUAUGCAAAUCUAAGCUAGUCGGUUAACUGGUUGUGGCCUCACAUUCAAACUUGCAGAUAUGACAGUGAUAUCUAUCCCUAUGUGGUUUCAUUUUAGAUUUGACAUGAUACAUCUGUUUUCCUUGGUUUUUGAUGUAGUUAAGCACAUUAAUGUAGCUUUGAGAUGUGCUGUAAAAGCCAAAUGGGGCUGGGAAAAGUACUGAAUAUUUUACUCAAGUAAAAAUACAGUUUGAUGCAAUUUUGUCAGGUAGUAGUAAAAUGACUAGUCUGUGAAUUUACUCAAGUAAAAAUGAAAUUACUGUAUUUAAAAGCCACUUACAUUACAGAACUAGGGUUUUAAGUAUAACCAACAGGAGACUAUUAUUGUGUGAGGGGAUUUUGUUGACACACCAUCCAUCCAGGUUACAACCUUCUGUGAAACAGAUUUUAGUGUAAGUUGUCUUGCUCACAGGAUGCUAUUACUGGUGAAAACAAGGUUGUGGUCAAUGGUCUACCUUGCUAUGGCUGAAGCAAUGAUGUGCUUAUGAGCUACUGACAGAGGAAGCUGUUGAUGCAUAACCACUGAAACAGGAUUUCCUAUUCAGCACAAGCAUGUGUAUUAUUCCUCUAUUUCUUUAUUCAGAUCCUAAUUAGCAGCAAUUACUCCUCCACAUCCAACGCUACUGCGCAAGUGGUGGUUCCAGGAAGUGGAGAAAAAGUGGGCUAAAAAAUUUGUAAUGAUAUGAUGCGCUAUUCUGGGGAUAACGCUGAAAAAUAUUAUAAUUCCAAUCUAUAUUUUUGACUCAUUCUGUCUUGAGAACACCAGUUGGUAUCAAAUAAGAUACUUAACCACAAGUUUGAGUGGUAGGUUGUGGAGAAAACCAAUGGCAUAGAACAAAUUUCAAAUGUGAAAACAUUUUCAACAUUUGUUGAAAACUCUUAUUGCACAGAGUGAACAGCAGCAGAUUCACUGUCUGAUGUCAGGCAUACCUGAUUGCGCUCAUUUAAACCCUAAUCUUGAAGGAAAUCCCUCAUGUGGCGCCUCGAUCAGUCACAAGCUGCUCAGAAACGUCUUCUUAGUUACCUUUGACCAUGUUUGUUUGUUAUUCUGCUCUGUGUGGGCUAUGGCUGCGAGUCCAUUGCCCGUGCUUACGUCAUCAACUUGCAUUUAUCAUAUUUAUAAUGAGAUGGCAAAUAUUUGUCACAGAGGAUUUUUCUAAUGAUAUAUCGUAAACGAUAAUUUAUCACCCAUCCCUAACUGAGAACACUUCGGCUUCAAAUUCGUACAAUUACCGAAGGCAGAGCCGAGUUGUCCAUAGUAUAUACAUUGUAUGUGUUAUUCCCUCAAAUCUUUUACAUUUCUUAAACAAGCCUAAAUGGAAGGCCUUAAAUAAAUUGAAAAGUCUUUCUUUGUAUUUGCUUGUAUUUCCAAUUCAAAGCUUAGUUUAGAAGUUCAGUAGAUUUGUAUUAAACUGCCUGUUUACCGAUCGACCUACCUUCUUGUAUGAGCAGCAUUUUCCACAAGCUAAACAAGCUAAAAUAGCCCAGUAACAGCAGGGAAAAAAUCUGGUUAAAUGUGUUAAUGGAGCUUCUCUCCUUGAGAGUGUUUUUUGGGCUCUAGCAUCAGGAACAUUUUCAUGUUCUUGUGGGACUGGCUUUAACUGAAUUUGUUGAGACUGUAGUUUACUGUCCAGGUUUAAGACUUUGGUGCACGUAUUGCUGCUCCACACAGGACAGCCACCUACUAAAAACAUGUUGAUCUUAAAGAAAUGAGUAUGUCAGGCUGAAACUCGUAUGUAGUCCAAUUCCUCGGGUGCAGAAACUGGUAAAACAACAUUGAUGGCAAUGACAGCUGUGUCAUAUUACCUAAGUCUUGGUCACAUACACAAAUAAGCAAAUGCAAAUAUUUCAUCAGAGUGAAGUUUUCCUGUCGGUUACUUGAUUUUACUACACUACUGUUGUACUUGCACAAAGCGGUAAUUAUCAAAGUUAGCUAGCAUUAGGCUGGUAUGUCGAGUAUGGUAAGUAUGGUUAGCAUAUAGUUCACUGAGGUGUGGCUUACUUAGUCCCUGUCCUUGUCUUUGUCUGUCUGCUGACUUGACUCCUUCACUUUCACUCUUCUCUCUCUCGUUCGUAGUGUCCACAUUGGCUUUGUGGCUGCUAGAGAGCCAUCAGAGCUCUGUCUCCCGUCUCAGUUUCAGGAAAAGCUUUUAAGCUGACAUCUAAAGCUCAUUUGCAAACUGGGCUUAGAUCAGUGCCGAGUUGUGGGAGCUUUACUCUGACACUGAUACUGGCCUCCAAUAAAGCUGAGUUGCUGACUGUAGAGCAGUUCAAUCAGGCAAAAAGUUCCUGCUCAUGUCACAUGUUAGUGGCAUCUUGGUCACAUUUGAACAGCGAUCCCUGGUGUGUUUAAGAUUCCAGAGUCGGGGCCUGUAUUUUCCAUUGCAUCCAUGGUCUCAUGGCAGCUCUGAUUCAUUGAUGACUGAUUAAUCAAUCACAAACGGGACUUACUGCCUUGUGAAAUAACAUUUACUCAUCAUUUCUACAUGAUCAGCAGAGAGAGUAGAGAGUGUAGUCAGCAAGCAUGAAGUAUCUGUUUGCUUCCUGCUGAUCUUGAAGCCAAAACAGGAGGAAAUGAGGGGAUACCCUUCACAAUGUGUUAUGCUGUGCUCGUAGCUGGAGGCAACAUUAUCUUCAACGUCAUGUGAUCUGUUUGAAGUCCAGCUGUUUCAGUCGUCGGCAGAAACUGCUAUAGUAGGGUAUAGAGUGACUUUUUAGAUGCGUGUUUACCGAAGAAGGAAACAGAUGUGGGAUUUUCUGUGUAUGGAUUGAAAUCAGGUGUUCGCUGAACCAAACGCAAACAGAAAAGCCUAUGAUAUUUGUGGCAUUUCUAAUAGUUUUGUUGGGAGAUCAAAUUUCUUCAGAAUUUUUUAAAGGUUGAUCUGAUCGUCACAGAUGAGCGUCUCCCUGUUGUUGUUACUACAUUCAUGCAGAAACACAUUUCUCAAUAAGCAUUUAGACACACCCCUCUGUGUGGAUUCAUCAUAAAGGAGGAAUGUUCAGACUGAUACCGUCUGAAAUGUCGAAGUUGCGUGACAACAUUUCAACAAUAUCCCUGUUUCCGUUGUCCUGGGCAUACGUCGGAGUCAUUGUUUGCCGUUGACAGGUAACAAACUCCAAGUUGACAGAGAAAAGAUUUCAAGAGAAAACUACUUGGAAUUAAGCACACACUGGAUUUUCCUGUCCUGUGGCUGCACAAACAGUGAUGCCUGUCCUUGUUAGAGAUAUUUGUAUGGAGGAAGAAAUGUGAACUCAAGUAAGUCGUCUGUAAAGGCAUACCAUAGCCAUUACUGCAUUCAGAAGACAAGCGUUCACAGAACACAGCCUUGAUUUGUACCAAAUUAUGUCAACGUGUCAUUCUGCGUUAGGCCACAUGUGACUAGCCACGCAUGGCUAACUGCAGACACCGCCCCAGAGACUGCUGCUGGCCACUGUAACAGCCAUGCAAGGCUAAUCUGAGCAGGCUACGGAGGUGACAGGGGAUCCUCUCUAUGUGAUAUUUGGAGCACUGUCUGCUGCAGUACAGACAGCACAGGAGCCUUACAGGAAGCCCUCCAAAGUCAAAUUGACCGAUAGUCUCUUCUGUCGUCUGCGUUUUGCGUCAGAUACCCCAGCAUGCAGCCAUCACAGACGAGCUGUGUUUGAACUUGGUGGGUGGACAUGGUUUGUUCUUUUGAAUCUGCAGGGUAAAAGAGGAGGUCAAGGCCUUAUAACAGCUGGUCUCGAGCUGCCUCUUCCAAUCUCUGUGCAGAGAAAAUUGUUAUCACAUGAAACAAUGUAGAGGAUCAGGUUUAGGGACAUUCUGUACUUUUGUGGCUUGAAAUUAGAUUUAUGGGGUAAAAACUCCAAGUUUAAAGUGGUUACAACUAAGUCUAUGUUAAUAUUAGUUUCCAAAAGUGUAGCAUAAAGAUUAAUCCAUCUUGCUAAAGCAGUUCCUCCAAUGGCCACUUGGGGCUGAAUCCACUGGCAAGAAAACCUUGAUCAGGCGACUUUUCAAAAUGCUAAACUUAAUAGCAUGAUUAUUCAUAAGAAAUUAUCUGUGCCUUUUUUUAAGUUUACCAGGAUGUCAAGUGCGUAAGUGUUGGGGGGGGAAACAAUAAUGAAUAAUGAGGAAAUAGAUAUUUGAUUAUCAUAACAAGUCUUGCCUGAAAAUGCGAAGUUAAACAGAAGAUCACCGAAUUCUUUUACACCUUUCAGGCUAUUUUCAUCAAAUAUUGUUGAGGUUGACUGCAUUGCAAGGAUUUAUUGUCGUUUCACAACAAACAAGAUAAUCUGACCUCCUUAUUGACCGUCCUCCAAACAAGCUCCUUUUUAUCCCAAUUCAAUUAAAAAAAAAAGUUGUAUCGUAAAGUUGAGGGUAGCCUAUGCUGUCAUUGUCAGUUUGUCCUCUGUUUCCCAAGUAUGAACCUCCAGAAGUCCGAAGGGGUCUCUAUUCUAAUCGGCUUUGUGGUGCUAACAACUCCAUGGAGCUCUGAUUAUUCAACUCUCAUCAAAUACAUCGCCAAUUUAUGCACACAACUCACUCAGUUUGCACAAUUCAUGCCACACGUUGGCGUCAUUUGCGUUGCCGGACAAGUACUUGUGUCUUUACAUUGACUCAACAUGUAGUUCAGUGGCUUAAAUACUUUUAUAUGUACCAGGUGUGAACGCAGCUUAAUGACACAUGGUCACAUAUCGCUCAGUUGUAGUUCAUCUUGGUGAUCAUAAGCUGCCCCCUUAUGAUAACCAAGAAGGUAUUUAAGUUACGGUUAAAGUGGCAAAGAUUCCCCGGGUCAGUACAGUCGGUGCAAAUAAUCACAAGCUUAGUAAUAUUGCAAUAUGAGCAUAAAAAAAACACACUGCAAAUAUCUUAACGUAUCACAAUAAUCAGGAAAUUAUCAUAUGUACACAAUCCAGUGUACAGUUUUUUGAUAUGGUCUUCUUUUCACACCAUUCUGAUGAAACUUUAACCAGCUGUGAGCUGAAAUACUCAUAAUGUAAUGUAAUGAAAAAAGCAUUUUGGAUACAUCUUGGAUUCAUGAGAGGCAAAUCACAAACAAUGAUAAUGUGUUAAUCUUGAAGAACAGCAGAUAAACAAUAGAAACGGAGUCAUUUUAGCUAACGUAUGCUUCUCAAUAUUAUUUUAUUUAAAACAUGAUUAAAACCACAAUACUGAAAAUUAUCCAACAUCCGUAUUUUUAUGUACUGCAGGCCCAGUGUUGGAUUAGCUGGUAGAGAAGUAAAUCAAUAUGGUCAAGAAAAGAGAAGUUUGGUUUUGUUAGACAAAAAUAGUCUCAAAUAAGAUGAACACUUUGGCAAACAUCAACAUGGAAAAUGACAGAAACUGUGUCUAAUAUGUUGUAAUUCGGACUGAUGUGACAGGAGGCCUUUAUGACCCAUACUGCUGCCAGCUGGGAAGGUGGGUGGGUGGGGGCUGUGUUCACUUUUGGGGAGUGGUUAUUCCAUCCAUCUUUUUUAUUACAGUCAGUGCUUCACUCUUGUUACAGAGAUAUUCACAAGCCUGACUCUGCAGAACAUUUUAUUCCUAUUGGCUAAUCCCUGUUCACAGGCAGAAAACCUGAUCCAACGCGUGACUCUCUUUUGUCAUCAUUGAAGAUUAAGAGACACCUCUCUCACUGUCUUUGAGGGUUACAUCCCUGUAUAUUAUUCACUUGAACUCCUUGCCUGCCUCCUCGUAAUUAUGCAUUACUCUGCAAAAGCCUGAAUCAUUCAUUGAAUGCCGCACAGUGCAGCACAGUCCCUAGUAACAGUUUAGGAUCUAAAAAUAACUUGCUCACAGGAGAGCAAAUGCAAAUAUUAUGAGUCUAUUUGAAGUCGCACUGAUAGAAUUAUUCACUUAGAUCAAUUUAGAUUUGCUCAUUACUUUGUCUUGCAACUCUUUUGAACUGGCGCUGUGAUUACAAAUGAUUAAAGUCAACAUAUGCUGUUUUUAAUGGUCUUUAAAAGCACAAGAGCACAUCACCAUUAUGUUUUUUUUUUUUUUUUUUUACUCGAUUGCAACAUCAUUCGUCAGCACAGAUUGUUUAUUGAGUAUUUCAGAGCACAGAAAAGUCUUCCUUGUCUCAGUGCCAAACAGACUAACUGCUGCAAGUCUGUGACUGUCAGAACAGGGAACUGGUCUGCUCUCAUUGAGAUGCCUCCAGAGGCAUGUAACCAGGCAACCAGGCAACUAUGGGGACCUGGAGGGGUACAUUUCCAAACAGCAAGGGACUCAGUAUUUACUCAGUCUCCCUCGUUAGUGCGCUUUCAUUCACAUUUUUUUUGCACACAGACGAUGGGGAAGGCAUUUUUGAAAUCCUUUUUUUUCCUUCUAGAUACAGAAACAGCAUUUAGAAGAACACAAAAGGGCUUUUCUUCAGCUGGGGCAUCUUUUCCAUUGAUGCAUUUUUACAGAGUUUCUUUUGAGCGCACAAAAAUCAUAUGCAUGGUUGAAACAGUCUGUCAUAAUGGAUUCUUUAGCCAUCUCCAUGCACAAGUGCUUUAUAUUGUCUUACAGAAGAGGAGGGGAAUGCUUGGCUUAUGCCCACUGUAUGUGUGUAUGUGUGUGUGUGAGUGUGUAAGGAAGUUUAACCCCCAGAUAUGUGGUCAUACUGCUGUCAGUUAGAUCUGCCAUGGUCUAAAGGUUUAGAUAAGGAUGGUCAAAUAUUUAGUGUGUUUUUUUAACAAGAAGAACUUUAUUUAUCCCUGAGAGGAAAUUGAUUAAUAAAUGGAUAAAUGUUGUUAAUGACUCUUAGCAAAAUUGCGUGAUAAAAACUAGGGCUGGGACGAUAUGCUUUUCUCCUGAUUCGAUUCUUCUACGAUUUUUUUGGAUACUGACUAGAUUUAAAUCGGGAUUCUAUGAUAUUGGCGAUUUUUUUCGAUUUGUAGUCUGUAUUUUUAACACCAGUGAAAAAGUUGAAUGAUUUUGAUUGUCUACUGAUUAUUUCAGGAACCAUAUUUCCCCUCAAAAUAAACAUCACCUCUAAGUCAGUUUUUAAGAUUUAAGGUCCUUGUACACCGGGAACGACGCAAAUAUACGACGCAAAAUUACAAAAAUAUUCUCUGUUCUCCGACACGUAAACGAUCAGCGGGUCGGCCAUGUUAGAUAUACCGGUGAAUCUGACGUCACAACAACAUGCAAUCUGAUUGGUCAGAAGGGGACACACAGUAUGCGAAACUUUCGAAAAAUUGACCGUGAUGCGAAAAAAUAAAUGCCGCAAUAUCGCAGAAUGGGAAAACGUCGAUGAUGUGAAUGCUUGUAUUGACGUCCGGCUUAUUGUGACGUCCGAAAUAAUCACACGAAAAAAACGCCACUGGCGUGAAAGGACCCUUAUUCUUAAAUUAAAAAAAAAAAAUUGAACAAAAAAAAAAAAAAAUCAAUUUUUGAACAAAAAAAAUGAUUUAAUCUAAUUGGUAAAAAUAAUUAAAAAUUAGCAGUACUAGUGAAUGAAGUUUGCCUGUUGUAAAUAUAAAGUAUUUAAUGUUAUGUGUUGCAAAACUGUGGUUCAUGAUAUUCCCUGAAGAACCUUUUCAUUUAGUUUAGAGAGUUUUUCAAAUUUCCCAAUAGUGAUGUUAAAUAUAUGUCACAAAUUUAUAUCCUGAUGUGAUCUAUUCUUAUUCAGGAGCCACUUAGCUGAUAGAUUUAUGACGUCCUUUCAGUAAAUAAUAUAAAGGAGAAGUAAAAUGUUAUUUAUAUUCCUUUUUCAGUGUUACUGUAAGGCUAUAAAAAGGAGGCAAUUGCUUUAGUGGACAUUUUUAUCACCUCAUGUCCUCAGGGAUUGCCAAUUCAAGCCGCCCUGCUGGGAGCUCAUGUGUGUGGAUAUUUAUUACUGGAUGUUUUGAAAGCUGUAAAAAAUGAACAAUUAAUUGAACCCAUUUUCAGCACCAUUGAAAAAACAUGUUUUAGCUUUACUGUAAUAAAACAAACAAAAAAAUUGAGUAUGAGUUCCCCUUUACAAACAUGCACAAACAAGAGCCUCUUUUAGCUCCAGGGCUGAAAUAGUUCAUUUUCUGUGGCCAUUUUUUUUUGAACGAUCUAAAGCAGUCAGUUUUGGGGAGUUUUUUAGCCUCUUUCAAAACACUGUAUUUACCCGGUUUCAAAAGUUAACAGUAAAAGCUUAUUUACCUCAUUCUCAGACUAUGAAUAGGAGCAGUGGGUUUCCAAGCAGAAAACCACAGCAAUCUUACAAAAAAAAAAAAAAGAAAAAAAAAAAUGCCUGUGAUUUUUUUUUUUUCUUCACAACAAACUUCUGUGAAGGCUCGCUCAGCACAAUGCUUUUGGAGAAGCUGACCUAUUUUACAUUUUCCGUGCUGUCUGCUGCAAUCAUCAGACAUGCAUCUCAUAUGCACAUGUGCAACUCCAGCAUUUAGACACCCCCACACUCUCUCCCGCCCACUAUACACACAUGUGCACACGCAUUCACUCACAGACAAAUUCCUCUUGACAUCCGGUUUUAUCCAAUUAUGAUGACUUUGUUAUUUUAAUAGUUCUUGUGCUUCUUGUUCUCGUGUGUGUGUGGGAUAAUUUUGGCCUGUAAUACUGUCUGGCAGGCAGACGUUAAACGCAGCAUGUCAGCCUUCUCCCCCUAGAGGGGUUCUAUUUGUCCUGAAGGUGGUGUUUCUUUUUGAUGCGCAGAGAUCCGAAACCAGCUGGUGGAGCAGUUCCGAUGUCUGGAGCAGCAAUCUGAGUCGCGGCUGCAGCUGCUGCAGGACCUGCAGGAGUUCUUCCGUCGAAAGGCCGAGCUCCAGCUUGAGUACUCGAGAGGCCUGGACAAGCUGGCUGAGCGCUACUCCGCCAAGAUCCGCACCUCCAGAGAGCACCAGCACUUCAAGUGAGUUUUUACCCCAAGCACUGGAAUGUCAGUAUUGAAUGUGCUUUACUGGUAAAUAACAGCAGCAGCAUAUUUCACACAGAUGAAGGGAGGGAGAGGGGGCAACAAUAGGAAAACAGAAGAGGGAUGAGCUACAAAAAGGAGAGCAGGGAUAAAUGCAGAAGAAAUGACCUGAAAUGAAGCCAGGGCCAAGGAAGCUUGUGGCCUCAGGCUGCUGUGUUCCUCCCAACUAGGUCAGACAAUCCCCCAACCUCCCCACCCCACCCCACAGUACGUGACUGUCAUUUCAUUUCUGUUCAACUCCACACUGAUCCCCAUCAUACCAACCGAUUCUCGAUGGGUUCACAAAAAUAAAUCACAGCCUCAUGUAGAGAGUGGAAACACAGAAAAAGACCGAGUUUUUUUUUUUUUUUUCCCUCCAUUUACUUUGAUUUUUUUUCUGUUGUUUGUGUAAGGGAGAUCUGUGGUCAUGAAACAAACAUACCCCGCAGCAUGUGGAGCGAUUGCUGCUCGGCUGCUCAAACAAGCUUGCGGCUUAUUGUGACUUUAAUAAUAUUCAGUGUACAUGGAUGCGGUUUGUGCUUGAUUGUAGCUGGUAGCGAUAAAUAAGUGGAGAUGUAGAGAUAUUAGGUCACGCUCAGUUAAAACCUACUUGAGGAAAGUUUGCCCCUCACCUUAGAUCUAGACUAAUUAAUGUGGUUAAAAUCUCCUGUAACAGCUAAUAGGUGGAUGUAGAGAUAAGUCUCUAAGCUACUUGAACUUCUUCUCCAGCCUCCUGUGUGGUUGUGUUUAACCAGCAUGUCCAGGAAAUGAAAGUUACCUUUCGAAGCGCUAGAGUACAGACUGUGUAAUUGAUUCAUAGGCAGCAGCGUACCCGUUCAUGUGACCUGGGUGUGGCAGUCAUGCGUGAGAAACACGUUGGUUUAUUCAGGAGAAGCUCUCCCAUCUCUCUUUCAGUCUCUCCGGCCGAUUGGACAUACGGCGUAAUCACAGCACAGAGCUCCUGUCUCUGGGACAUUGAUAAAUGGAGCGUUCCCUCAAAGGGAGACCCCUGUAAGAGAGUCACAUUGCAUGACUUCUCCUUACACCCAGCCGCCCUAGAUUUCCCCCUUAACGUCACAUUAAAUGGUCAUCAUUAUGUCUCUCUGUCAAAGGCUAGAUUCAUAUUCUUGGACCACAAUAGACCGACUUAGGCUCUGUCAUUAAUAAUCCCACGCUGUCUUCUCUUCUUCAGUUCAAGUUCUCGUCUUUUUUGUCUCAUUUCCUGUUUUUUUUUAAACUCUUCUGGUGAGCAGAGCCUUUCUUUACUCUUCUAUGAAAUAUUCAGGUUUUGAUAUUUCGCACCAGAUCUGAUAAAGAAACUGGCAGGAGAAUAUUUAAAAAAAACCUUCUGCAACAAAGUGGCAGUAAGAAAGAUGUCAUUAUAAGAAGAAAGGACUCAGUGGACCUUUCUGAAAAGAUUUUUUUUCCUUUUAAAUGUUCCCGAGUAUAAUCCAGUGAGAGUGUGCGCGUAUUGUCAUUCACAGUAGUUCAGUUGUCUGCUGCUUUCUCCUUUUAUAACGCAGAGCCCUCGCUGUUAAACGGGAAUUGUUGCACUUUUUGUAGCCUGUCAUGUAGAAAACCAUCUUCUGUUACUGUACAUGAACAGUUCUGCAUCAGCUCCUUUGUGUCCUCUAUAGUACAGUCUCAUCCGUAUUCAGGAGAAUCCGACAGCCAGAGAUUUACAGUCAGGUUCCUGGCAUCGUGUAAGGGAUCAAACACCUGCUCCGCUUGAAAGGACGGCCUGUAGGGAGAGCUUGUUCGUGUUUUUUUAUCAAAGUGUUCACAGAUGAAAGGAAAGACAGACAGAAGUUGCUGAUGCCCAGCACUCUGGUUACCUUUGGCAUCCGAGUGCAACUCUCUUAACUUACUGUGGAUGCAGAACUUCUCCAAUCUCUCCUCUGUCAUGCUGAGUUUACGCCACUUUUUUACAUGAUAUAUCCAGACUGGAAGAUCAAAAUUAAACUACACAAUCAAAUCUUAGCAUUAGAAAAAGGACAACGAGACCAUUGCUUCUGUCUCUUACGAUAUUAAAGGUACAGUCUGUGAAAAUACAAAUGAAACUCAACUCUGGGUGGAGAAACUUGCAUCUGCCAAAGACUGUUGCAAGCUUUAGCAGAACACAGUCGUAACAAACCUCAAAGCAUGAACAAAUCUGUCCAAGAAUAAAAUGAUCAAAGCUCCGGAGCAGCUGAUAGGAAACAAGUCAGGACUGCUCUUUCAAUACCAUCUUCAAAACUGAGGUGAGAGUCAAAAAUAACUACUGCAUUUCAGACGCAAGAUACAGUCGAUGAUGAUGAUGAUACUGUGGACGGCCUUUUCAUUAGUGAUUAACAGAAAGUCCAACAUACUGGUUUGUAAUGAUCGAAAGUGUAUGUCAGCAAUUCUCAUCUGGAUUAAUAAUGUUACCAUACCAUACCACACAUGCAGUGGUAAAUAUAGUAUGUUUAUAUAGCGCUGUCUCUUGUUUUCACAUCACAUUCACCCAUUCACACCAAAAUCACACAUAUUAAGCCUUAUUGAUCGACCACAAAUGUACUGUAUCUGCAAAGAUAAUGUGGGACUUAUACACCCUCAGCUUGUCUAAACUAUGUGCAGUAUUUUUUUCCUGUUAGUGAGUGACUUCACAUAUUCAGAGAGACCUGUGUUAUCUCCAGCCGUUAUUGAAAACAAGCCUAAAACGACUUGCUAGCUAAAAGAAUUCAUUUGCCUUCCAAAAAGUCCAGCCCAUCAAAAAGUGUCGUACUGUUUACUAACCAAGAGGUUUGUAGGAGCUAAGUCGGUACUUUAAGAUAAUGAGAUGCUUGACCCAAAGUAACCUGGUUGACGCGCCGCGCUUCAAGUUUUACCGUUAGUUUUGAUGAUCAGUGAAAGUGCGGACGCUGUUCCUCAGAUGCAGCAAACAAAAUUUAUUACGAUAAACAUAUUCAAAAUCCAUUUUGCAAUUGAUAUCCACUGAACAAACAAGAAAACACCGGCAUUUAGCACCACGACGGUCCACAACGUCUUCCCCUUCUACAUCAAACACCUGCCCACAACAUUGACAUGGCUACCUUUAUUCCUGAGCCCCAGAUAAAAAGACAGUGACACCCAAGGCACACAAAGUGAACUGCAACUCAUAAUAUGGUAUCAUAUCAACAUACUUGGCUCCAACUAGGGUCUUUUUUUUUAACCAAUAGGUAGAAAUAAAAAAAUAGAGGACCUAGAAUAUUACCUUGAGGUUCUCCACUUUAAAACCUGACAGUUAAAAAUGUACAGUUGGAUUAACUGAAAUAUACCUGAUAGAAAAAGGCUUAAAACUCUUAAAGUUUUAAUGAAACAGACUGGAAUUCAACUUGCAGUCUUUCUAUGACAUAUGACAGUGACUAAGAUUGUCAGUGACAAGGAUGAGAACUUUUAUGUACGCCUGAAAACCGGUGCAGGAGGAUGGGUAUCAGCAGAGCAGCUCCAGAGACAACCUUUUGCCAUGUUUUCCACAUUAGAUGUUUAUUAUGGUACUUUAAGUGUUAAAGUUAGCUUACUAUAUGUUGUGUUACCAAUAGCUAGUGAGGUUUAGUCAGCUACAAAGACAUUUCAGAAUCAUUCCAUAUCUUAAAACUCAUUCUUUCUCAAGUUUGACACUCUGGUCAAAGCUGCUUAAGCUUCAUGCUGUGUAAAGAGACUGUUGCUCUUUCUGUAGCUGCUGGCUACAGGAUGUUUUGAUCUGAUAGAAGCCUCUGUGGUUGGAAACAUUCACUGAUGGCUAUAAAGUUUUUAACUUCCUUUUGAUUGUACUCAACGCCAUCAAAACAAAUGUUCAAGGUGAUAAAUCAUUCAUCUGAAUAUCACUCAUCUCCUUUCACCAGUCAGGAGUGGAGGAAUAAUACUGGAGUUGGACCAGAUCCCAGUGUAGGUCAGCUUUCAGCCAACAGCACAAGGUGUUUUUACACACAGGCUGCUGUGUUAAAGAAGUAAUGUGAUGAAGUGUACUUAGGUCGUUGUCUCAAACGGUAAAAUGCUCUCAAAAGACAAAAAGAUGAAGACAAAUUUUCUGGUGUGAGGAUAAUGGGACUCACAUGCUCCCUUGAGCAAGGGGGCAAGCUCAGUCAGCAUGUCCCGUGUGUGUGCAUGUGUGCGCGCGUGUGUGUGUGUGUGUGUGUGUGUGUGUGUGUGUGUGUGUGUGUGUGUGUGUGUGUGUGCAGCUGCCCAUUUCCCCAUUUUUUUUUUGCUGAUUCUGUAACAAAUGUGCAGUGACCCCUUUAUCUCUCCGAUUAAAGCCCCAGAGCUUGUAACAAUGGAUGUAAGAUCUGUGCAAAGUGUUGAACUCUCUUUACCCUCAUUCAUGUUUAAGUAUCCAUGUAGCACACCAGUAAAGCUUGAGUAGUGAGUUUUAUUUGUUGUACUAAUCAGGCAACAACUCAUAUAAAGCUGACUUGUUUUUACUUCUUAUUGGAAACUUGAUGUUUUUUCCUCACUGGUCUGCAAUGUAAUGUAUGAAAAUGAGACUACUGCAUGUCUGUUAGCAAACACCUACAGCUCUGUGAGUAUUAAGAAUGAAAAAAAAUGUUGUUUUCCACUCACUAAAAUCUCUCCUUGGCUGUUUUAGAAAGGACCAGAAUCUCCUGUCCACUGUCAACUGCUGGUAUUUGGUCCUGGACCAGACCAGGCGCGAGAGCCGAGACCACGCCACUCUGAGCGAUAUCUACAACAACAACGUCAUUGUGCGGCUUGCACAUGUGGGCGAGGAUGUCAUCAGACUUUUCAAAAAGGUCAGAAUAUGAGUUGAAUGGUUGAGGGCAUGUUACUAACGCACGCAGUCACAGAAGUUGCUCACUUGAUCUGAAUGACCGAAGCCCACGGCUAGGAACUUGACGCCACUCCAACAAAAAUAUGUAAAAAUAUGCAUAAAUGAAACAGGACAUGCAGAUAGUGACAAGGGCUUUCAUGUAACCAGGACCAAAUGAAAGUCUUCUUUUAUGAACAAUGAUGUUAAGUUAUUAUACAGAUAUUUGACUAGGUGACACCUAUGUCAGAAGAUUGGUGCCAUUUUAAGUCAGUUUUGCCGCUUUACUGUCAACUCUACUGAUUGUGAGAGAGCCAGGUGUCUCGACUGAAGCUCCACAUUGUUUGAGAGAGGUUUUGUGUCUAUUUUUAACCUCGCUUGUUCUCAUGUGGUUUUGCUUUCGCAUUAUUGGGCUCAGUUUGCUCGCUAUAUUCAGAUCACUGACCUUUUUAUGACGCUCUUCACACAAAAUCAUUCAUUUCAUUUAACACCAAAUCCACACCAUCAAGGGUUCAUUCAGUAACUUUGAGAUAAAAUAAGGAGUGACCGUUUUUUUAUGAUUAUUUUAUUGGGUUUUUGAAUGUCGUACAUUACAGGUACACAUGUGGCAAAUGUUGUACAUGUUGUAAACAUUGACUUGUAUACAGAAAGUGAACAAAUGACUAUAUUAUACAAUGCUCACACUCGAGGAAAGAGAGAAAGAAAAAUAACCACAUGGUAGCAACAACGACAAAAAAGAAAAAAGAAAAAGGGCAAUAAAAAAACAAUUUAACAAAAGAUAAAACUGGACAGCAUGACAGUAAUCCAUCCAAUCCACGUAAUUUUUAAUUUUUAAGUUUGCCAAAGUGCUGCACAGUAAAAUUUAGAAGAAUAAACACUACAGAAAACAUCAAGAGGAAAUAAAUAAAAGCAGGUAGAAAAAAUGUUUAAAAUGAAAUAAAAUAAAAGAAAUAAAAGUGAUAAAAGGACCAUUAAAAGACAUAAGAGAACAGAGAUCACACAACUCUCAUGCUGAGCUCAAAGCCAAGGAAUAAAAAUGAGUUUUAAGACGUGAUUUAAAAGUAUCGAGUGGCAAUUUGUUCCACAAUUUGGGAGCCACAGUCGAAAAAGCUCGGUCAACAUGGGUUUUCAAACGAGUUUUAGGGACGACGAGUUGGAGCUGAUCAGCGGACCUCAAGGAACGUGGGGGGAAUAAACAUUUAAGAGGUCAGAGAUGUACUGCGGUGCUGAUCCGUUUUAAAGAUUUAAAAACCAACAAUAACAUUUUAAAAUGAAUUUCAAAAUGAACGGGAAGCCAAUGGAGGGACACCAGAAUUGGGGUGAUGUGAUCAUGUUUUUGUUUACCUGUUAAAAGAUGAGCAGCGGCAGUAAAAUACCAAAAAAACAAAACAAAAAACAAAAAAACUCAUAUAUGAAUAUAUAUAUAAAAAUAUGUAUGUAUAUUUUUUUUAAAAAGGAAGAAAGAAAAACAAAAAAAACAUAGCAUUUUAUAUGCUCAGCGAUGCUCAGUGAUGUGUUCUGAUUGGUUAUCAUGUCUCCUAUACAGGUUUUCUUUUUAAUUUAGUACAUUUUCAUGACUCUGGUUACUCUCACUGUUCAAAGGGCAUAUGCUCAAUGUAAGGUACAGUAUGUGUCAGAGUAACCUCAGUGUAGCCUGAGGUUACUCUGGGGUCUGUGAUGAAUAAUCCACCCCCGGUAUUGUAGAUGAGUAUCAUUUGACAUCAACAGGAGUAUGAGGUAAUUUAUGCCCUCUAGGGGGGCUCUGCACUGUCACGAUGGGAGCAGGGAUGAGGAUAGAAUGGCUUGCGGCCAGUACAAACAUGGAGACUAAUAACCGCCUGCAGGAAAAAAAACUGUCCCCCUCUGCAAGAAUUAAGUGACAAAAUUCUCAAAACGGUAAUCCUAUUAUGCUGUAGCAUCUUGAUUCAGCUGCUCUCUCACUAAUAAACGACACACACGGGGGCUGCAAAUGAGUCAACCCUGGCGUUUGCUAAGUCAAAGUUUAAAUGUACCGAACGGGCUGAAGUUGAAUUCCUGUCGUAUGUGGAAAAAGCAAGGUUGCGUUUUUGACAAGCGGGCCCUGAGGGGUAGCAGAAAACCAGGAUUGAUUGGGCUCAGCGUCGCUCCAUAUCCCCUCAACAGGAUUUCCAGAGUCACUCUCAGCUGGCCCUAUUCCUCCUCUGGAGCUGUAGCCCCCCCUUUCAUGGGACAAGUCCAAUUCAUCAUAGGCUCUCAGCUCCUGUAACUGAGCUGAAACGGUGACACAACUCCGAGGGAAAUGUUCUGCAGUUUCUGCACUGUUCUAUUUUUGUCUCCGUGCGCUCGCUGGGCAUUGUAUUAGAUCCUUUCUGGUGCAGAUUAAUGACAGCAUUUUGAGGUCUGCUCACAUCCCUCACUUGCGAAGUAUCACUGACUCACAGCUGUGAAGUUAUCCACAUGCUGGAAAGCAACUCUAAAGAAGAUAUUACCCUCUGUUUUUUUUAAUACCUUGGCCUCAUUUUACCUUUCUAUGUGCAAUAAUUUCCUAAUUUUCUCUUUUUCAGAGUAAAGACAUCGGGGUUCAGAUGCAUGAGGAGUUAGUGAAAGUCACCAAUGAGCUCUACACGGUAAGUAAAACAAACACAGCCCUCUUUUCUUCUUGCCUGUCUGAUUUACCUCUCCGAUAUGUUAGCUGUCUGCUGCUUGUCAAUCCUUUCUUGAGUUUUUCUCCCCGCCUGUACCUGUAACGUGUGGAGCAGCUGGACUGACACUGCACACAGCAGAUAUGCCUUAUCAGCAGUUCGCUCCCCAACAGGUCAUUUCUUCCUUCACCUGAGGUGGUGAGAGGAGAAAAUUAGCAUUCCUCCUCCUUGUGUGAAUCUGUUGAAGGGGAGAGUGUUCUUCCCCCUGGCUGUGCUUCAAGCAGACUCUGCAGUCUGUGCUGCAGUGCUUCACUAUCCUCACAGCUAACAUCAGCUACUGUAGGAUUUCCAGCCAGUGAAACAUGUACUUCCACACACUGUGUUGGUAACAGUUCCUCUUGUUUUUGAGUCAAACCGCUCUUGAAGAACACUCAUUUGUUAAUGCACGUGCACACUUGUCACUAAGCAUGCAGGAUUGGCUUUUGUGUGUAAAGGCAACAGGAAACAGCGGUGUUCAGUGCUGAUGCCAAUUGAUGACAGUAGACUUGUUCAGUGAUAUCAUCUGCUGUAUGUGGGGCAGAGAGCGACACACACCUCAGACUGUUUACUUAUAGAUCUUAUUGCUAUAUUAUUGUUAGCUGCGGCUAUUCUGCAAAAAGAAGAAGUCAAUAUAAGUAGAAAAGAGCAGCUGCUUACAACUUUAAAAUCUUCAUAUAAGGUGCUGAAUGUCUGAAACAAACAAAGUGAAUGUUGUUGAUCUUUCUUAAAAUGGUAGCAUAACAUUUAGAAGCAAAAAAGCCAGAUAUUGAAGAAAGAGAUCAAAUAUUUACCAUCACUGAUCUGUUUCUGAAGCAGAGUUUUGAAGCCAAUUGGUGGUGGACACCAUGUUGAAAAUGCUGACUCAUACUAACUUUAAGGAAACCUAUCGGAGGCGGGUCUUUAGCCUCUUUGCAGAAGGUUACAGUGAGUCUGCCUGUCAGUCAACUCAGCCGUGCCACAAACGUGUUACAAUAAAAUCACUCCCCAUACUGCUGGCCCUGAGCUACUCAGACCUAAACUGUAAACUUCUUCACUUUUGCUCUCAAAGUCACUUUUUUGGGGUUCAGUGUGAAUGUAGUUUCUGGAUCUUCUUCAGCCAGCCUCAAAAGGGGACUCUGGGAACUGUAGUUUUUAACACUUCUGCAAUGCUUCAUUUCUCUCAAGAGAGACGGUUGCUGCUUGGUUUUUACCUGUCGACCUAGCAAAUAUUGGACAAUAGCCAAUAUCAGAUACAUAUGUACAUUGUUUAUUGAAAACGUACUUUUUUAGUCUAAAAUUUGAUAUCAUUAACUUUAAGAGUUGUAGCAUUUAUCUCUUUCUGGUUUUAAUGACAGUAUUGUCUUUUAUUGAGCUAUUUUGGUGCUCUUAUUUUAGUAUCUGUUACUGUUGUUUUUAUUUCAUUCAUUUAUUAUUUCUUCAAUUUCAUUCUAUGUUAUUUGGUUUUUAGAUUUUAACCUAACCUCCAGUGUUUCCUUAUCUUAAAAUUUAAAAUGGCGUUUCCUCAGUGCUCACAUUCCUGUUUCCAUGGAAUCAAGCCCUUUUUAAGUUGAUGCAUUUUAAUACUGUUUCUGUUACGUUUAGAUCAUGGUGUGGGAAUGAGGGGUUGGGUUGGGGUAGAUUUGGGUAUUCUUUGUUUCUUUUAUUCCGUUUUCUUUUUCUUUUUUUUUUUUUUAAUCUUUUUAUCUUAUUUUUCUCCACCUUUGGCUGUUGCUGCACCUGUACUACCUCUAUCAAUCAAUCAAAGAUAAUUAAAACCUUGGGCAGAGUCUGGACUCCUACCUGAGACACAUUUAUCACCAGCCUGGAAAUGGGCUGGCUCUCUAUACUAAAGUUAGGCUGCCUCAGUGAUGCUGUCUAAUGGAGUAAAAGAAGCUCUUAUUUUAUUCCGUUUAAAAAGAACAGGAUGUGGAGACAAUCACAAAGCUACUCAGCCGAUUAUCAUUGCAAGAUGCUGUGUGAAUGAUUUCGCCAUCUUACUUGUUCAGAGGCUAGAGAAAAAGGAUAAUGGGGAGCUAACUGUUUAAGUGCAGUUCAAGAGAUUAUUCAGGAAUACUUAGGAUGUUAAAGGAGUGUGCAGAGAAACACAAAUAGACCUGGAGUUGCAGAAAGAGUCACAUGACAGAAACCACAUGAGAAAUAUUCUCACAUGUAACAUUAUCCAGCACUUUGCCAAUAUUGAUUCCCCUCCCUCUCUUCUUCAUGCAUUAUUAAAUGCCCGUCUGCAGCUCCCACACUGCAAACUCACAGCAAAUCAUUUAGUUUAAAUCAAAGUAAAGGAAAUUAUUAUUUUUUUUGCUGUUUUAUGUAUUAAAUCUAAAUGAAGUUUAUUUAUAUGCUAUUGAUCUGCUGCGGCCGGCUUUUUGAGGUAAUCGAGUAGUUCAUUAUGUCGCAGCAGGGUGCAGGGAAGGUUGCAGCCCGUCACUUUGUAGCCUCCUUCCCUCCCCGCUGAUCGAUCUCGCUGUCCUCUGCACGUCCGCUUCAGUCUGGGUUGCUUGGAAACCAGAACUUGAGAGCAAGUGAUGGAGGAGCAGAUGUUGUUUAAAUACACUGUUGAUGCAGAGUUAAGCAUUCACACAUGAUCUCUUUAAAAACACCGAACAUUAACCUAUUCAGAUUCCCCUGAUGGUGGGGGUGGAUCUGGAGCAGCAGAAUCCAUCUUUUUAUAAAAACACGCCAACACGCUUUUCAUUUCCAGUUUAUUUUUUUUAUUUAACCCGCUCCAGUGCUUUGGCGUAGACAAACAAACAGACACAUCAGACAGGCGCGCCCAGCACAACACCUCCAGCUCAGUUAGGAAAUGCCGAUCAUAAUGUGACGCUCCCAUGAGCAGGAUGAGUAAGCUACACUCCUUAAUGUUUGGGAGUGUAAUGAAAAUGAAUAUAUUCAAGGGUAACAUAAGUUCAUAUGAGUUACACACUUGAGGCUGUGAGACAUUUAUGGCCUUCUGGAUGGUCGUUUUGUGUUUCCAAAGAUAAAUGACCACUAGAAAGGUCUAUACAUUUCCUUGUUUCAUACUCGUGUGUAAUUGACAGUAUUGUGUUCUGCUUACAGAGAUCCAUUUCCACAUCUUAGUGCUGAACCAAUCUUUAAACAGAAUCAGAAUCAGAUAUGUUUUUUUUAUCCUGGAGGAAAUUCCAACAUCACAGUUGCUCUGGUUCACAAAAUAGAAAAAGAAAUAUAGAUUUAGGAAUAAAGUAGUGAAAUAAAUAGGGGUGUCCUGGUACAACUUUUUUACUUCUGAUAUCAUACCGAUAAGAGGUGGGAGAAAAUAAAUCGAUACAGCAUAGUAUCGCAAUAUUUUGUCUUGCUACUUUGUUAGUACCUUAGUACACACUGUUGUUGUGAUCAGGUGGGCUCUGCAUGCUGGAUCCGGGCGCUGCUAUCAUAGAGGUGAUGGAGCGGAGUCUGGAAUGGACUGCUUGUAUCAGAGUGCUGAUAUCAGAGAUUUUAGAUGAAGGCUGAUAUAAUCCGAUAUUUGCUUUUUUGCUGAUAUCGGUCCCUAUUUCUAUGUCUCGAUUUGAUACUGAUAAGAAACAGACAAUGAGAAAGAAGUAAUUAGACACAUGCUGAGUAUCUAGAAAUAAAGCCAUACAUUAGUGGACAGAUAAUUUUAUACGUAUAACAUCUCUAGAAUGUUCUCUGUCUUAACUAAAUCUUUCACUUACAACAAUAAUAGUACUAUACUCAUUUCUGAUAAUUUAAUGAAUAUUUAUGAGUUUUAUUUAAUAUAACACUGAAAUUUUGAUUCAGAUGUUGGUUUUGCAGCCCAUGUCACAUCACUUUAAAUUAGGAAAAUCAACAUUUAAAGAAUUAGAGUUUUGUCUUUUGCCUUUUCUAAGUACUUUUUCCUGAUUUACCUCAUUGUUCAUUUCACAUUUAUUAAUUCAAAGUUUGUAUGAAAUCACCUACAUGGUCUGACUUUUUACUAAAUAUAUUGUCAUUACCAUUGCUUGGUCUUCGUAUAUGAAUUUGUACCAGUGCUGAUUUCUGUCCUCUAUCUGUGUACCCGUCUGUUCCCCGUCAUGGUUUUUCAUGUGCCAAACAAACAAGUCUCCUUCACCUUGAAGCCUGCGAGUGAAUGAGUCAAGUUUUUGACAUGACGCGUGUGUUAUCGCAGGUGAUGAAGACGUACCACAUGUACCACACUGAGAGUCUGAGUGCUGAGAGCAAGCUGAAGGAAGCCGAGAAACAGGAGGAGAAGCACAUCGGAAAAUCCAACGAUAUCAGCUCUGGCCUUCUGCGGUAUGGUCACGAUGAACGCCCACAGCGACGGAGCUCCGUCAAAAAGAUGGAGAAGUUGAAAGAGAAGGUUUGUUUGGGUUGACUGGUUUUAUAUGUGAUACUACAAGUGCUGUAUAUCAUUAUUUUGACAGGCAUGUGUUCAAAAUCUGCAGGUGUUUUUAAAUUUCACUAGUUGGCGCUUUCAUAAACAACAACGGAAAUGCAUGUAUUGAGAACGUUUAUAGGAUAAAAAUCAAACUGCUGUAGUAAUGCACACUGAGUACAUUAGAAUCCAUUUGAUAUCCUGCACUGAUGGGACUCUCUCUUCCUUUUUCUCCCCCAGAGACAAGCCAAGUACUCAGAAAACAAGCUGAAAUGCACAAAAGCUCGCAACGACUAUCUUCUCAAUUUAGCAGCUACCAACGCCCUGGUAGCCAAGUACUACAUCCAUGAUGUUUCCGAUAUGAUAGAUGUGAGUUAUCGCAGUCAGAGCCAAAAAUCAACCAUACUUCUUUGCCAGGUUGUGUUUAAUUACUAAGAGUUUUACUUCUUCACCCCCAGUGUUGUGACUUAGGUUAUCAUGCAAGCAUGGCGCGCACCUUGAGAACCUAUUUGUCUGCGGAGUACAGUCUAGAGACUUCUCGCCACGAGGGACUAGACUUACUGGAGGGAGCAGUUGAUGCUAUGGACAUCAGAGGGGACAAGCUGAAGUUUAUGGACAUGCACAGCCAGAUCUUCUGUCCUCCAGCACGCUUUGACUAUCAGCCACACAUGGGGGAUGAGGUGAGUCAUGAAAGACCUGAGCUGUAAGAUUAAUAGGCCUACAGGGUAUGUUCUGUACAGAGUGGAGUUCGCUCUAAGUGUUACAGCCUCCCUUUCUUUGUUUCUUAAUCUCAGGUGUGUCAGGUGAGCGCACAGCAGCCUGUCCAGACAGAGCUCCUAAUGCGCCACCAUCAGCUGCAGUCGCGCCUGGCCACGCUGAAGAUAGAGAACGAAGAGGUGAGAGAGAGCACACGUGUUUCAGUCGCCAAAUGAACUCUCUGCAGGUGAAUCAGCGUUGAAUCAUUCUGCUGAGUCAUUCGAUUAAAUAUGGCUAAAUAUACUCUCAUAAAUGUAUGACAAAGCAGUGAGACAUUAGAGGGGGCGCUGUUAACUAACGCUGUGUUCCAGUUUCCUUGAAAGUUGGAUGUCGGGGCUGGGAAUGACGUUACACCCGAGUUGACAGCGUUCCAGUUGACAAGUCAGAAAACCAAGAUGGACGCCUACUGUUAGCUGUUGUUUACAAUUGUCAGCUGUUGUUAGUUGUUGUUAGCUAUACCAUUUGUAAACAACGCAGAACACAGUAUUUUACUCUUACAAACACCAUAGCACCGUGUUUACAGUUAGACGUUGGGCAGUAAAACAUAUGCCGCUUAUUUAAUUUCACAAAAACAAAACAGAAGUGCUAAUAAAUAAUACAUGACGAGAGCUUUUACUAUUGUGCUGCCAUCUUGGAUUGUGGCGUUGUCGUCAAGUCAGGGUUGGUGAGCACUGUACGACUUUCCGAGUUGGAAAUUUCGACUUCAGGGGGGUGUUCCAGAUGAAUUUCCAACUCAGAGCUUGGAAAUUCCAACUUCCGAGUACAACUAAAUACCAGUACAGGUGUGGCUUGGUAUAGUCAAGUUUACAUUACUGAAGGGAUCAUAUAAGCAGAUAUUAUGGUCUUUUACCAUUAUGUUUAUCAAUCUAAAGUGCUGAUAGAAGCUGAUGUUUCUGCCACAGUGGAGCUGAAAUGUGUCCCUUUUGACCAAUCAGAAGAAGUAUCAUACAGAGCCAGAUAGUAGUUACAUUUAUUCAUUUCUGUCAUCAAUCUACAGGUAAAAUAACAUACUAAAGAGGUUCAUUCGGCCUGUCAGUGAUAAAUUUAUAAGACGGUUCAUCUAUAAAUGCCAAAAGGUAAAAAAUAAAUGUUUUGUACCUGACAAGUUUUGGCUACUUUGCCCCUGUAGCCUUCAUCAGAGGUGUCAUGUGAUGUUGGUGUGACGUCGUCUGUGAUGAGUUAUAUGGGUUUUGCCACCCCACCUGAGAUGGAGGGAUGGUGGUGUCCCCCCGGCAUGGGCCGUGACACCUCUGAUGAAGGCUGCAGAGGCAAAGUAGUUGAAACUUGUCUGGUACAAAACGUUUAUUUUUUACCUUUCUGUCCUUUGUAGAUGAGCCGUCUCAUAAAGGUGAAAUAAUAGUCUGUCUACAAGUAUUUGGUGGCUUGUGUGAAGGAUUAAUCAUCCAAACAAAGACUAUUUGCUAUAACAUUAAGUAGAAGAUUUAGAACACAUUAUAAAGCCUCUUGUCCAAUCAGAUGACCUAGAUGUGGAAAAAAAAUGCAGUAUAAUAUUUAUUCAAUACAUCUACUAUGUUUUUCAUCAUCUUUGGUCUUGUUUGUCAAGCAUGAAAAUCUUGAAUGUUGGUGGAAAGACAUGAAAAUGUUUUUGGUCAAAAAUCACAUCAUGUUGUGCUAUGGCAGGAGACGAAUUUGUCAUGUUUGAAUGAUUGAUUUUAUGUGAUCAUAAUCAAGAAAACAAGAAGAUGUCUUUAAAAAAGCACAUUUGCUGGUCUGUAUGUGGGUUAGUUACACUUGGAUAAUUGCUCCCCAGCAGCUGCACGUAAAGCCUAUUAAAUAUUCACCACAUUAUCUUGCACUUAUUAAAGACAAAUGAGAUUGAGUAAUGUCCAUGCUUAAAGUUUUAUUUUUCUUCAUAGACAGACCAGACAUGAAGCCACUUAGUAGGAAAGGCAUCAUCUCUGUAGCUCGCAGACAUUUCUUACCAUGUAAAAAUAUCAGCCCCACAGUUUAUCACCUAUUAAAGGCAUGUUGGUCUCACUUAUAGCACAUGAGGCAUUUAAUUACCUCCUUUUGCGUAGUUAUAUUUUAAACAGGGGAUUGGCAGCCAGCAAAAUCAUUUCUGUCACACUCGCACAGAACAACCAGCCUCACAACUGUCACCCUGCAUCUGUACUCUUCUCCAGUCUGACACUGACCUGUGGGGUCAUUUCUCAUCCAGUCUACUGCCUCCACUGGGGGCCGUCGCUGCAUGUAGAGUCACCGAGGCCGCUGUGACUCGCAGAGACCUGUUUAAAGGUCACCAGGGUGUGUGUGUGUGUGUGUCUGUCAGUGCCUGUCUGCCAUGAAUAUAAAUCCCCACGCUGCCUUUCCUGUCUGCCUCAUAUGGAAGGAACAUAGUUAAUCUUUCAUGUCAUGAUGCUGCAUGCUAGCAAGCUGAUUACUCCUCUGUUUACGGUGUGUCAGUCAAAGAGCUGUGAAAUUGGCCUGAAGAGGUUUAAUCUUAGACUGUGUCGGCUUGUUUGUGACAGUCUAAAGAUGAACACAGGGUAAAAUCACAAUGUACUCAGUUGUUUUUAUGGGUCUGUCUUAUCUACUUCAUACAGAUUUUAUACAUACAGAAAAACAAACUGUGAUUAUUCUAGGAUUGAAAUGAGAUGUUUAACUCUAGUUUGUAUACCAUGUGCUAGGUGAGGAAGACUCUUGAUGCAACCAUGCAGACCCUUCAGGACAUGCUCACAGUGGAAGACUUUGAUGUGUCAGAAGCAUUCCAGCACAGCCAAUCCACGGAGUCGGUCAAAUCAGCUUCUUCUGACUCCUACAUGAGUAAGGCCAACAUCAGUAAGAGACGAUCCAAUCAGCAGGAGACUGAGGGCUUCUACUUCACUGUGAGUUCGCAGACAAAUGACAGCAUUAAAGCACCGCAGCAUCAAGCACAUAAAAAUACCAUACUUAAUUAUAACACCAAAGCUUGAACUAAUUAUGUUUGGCUUUCUAUCCGUUUUAUCUGUAGAAAUACAAGGAGUACUUGAACGGCAGCAACCUCAUUGUCAAACUGCAGGCCAAGCAUGAUCUUCUGAAGCAGACACUAGGAGAAGGUAAGAUUAAUCGGGUGGAAAGAGGUUCUGGGAGCUGGUUUGCUUUCACAUUGAAUUUAAGAUUGAAGGUCUAAUUCACAGAAGGAUUGCACGGUUUCUGCCAAAGAAGUACGAAUGAGACAAAGAAUACCCUCUAAUUUACAGAGCACAUGCAGGAGGUAAACGCUACACGAGCGGUGCUGCCCAACAAACAUCACAUCAUGGUGCCAGUGCGAUUUCUGUGCGUUUAAAUCCAUCAUGCAUUUACUAGUUAAAAAACUGGUCCCUUUCUAUUCAAAUGAAUCUCACUGAAAAAGUCUGAAUUGACUGCAGAGAGUUGUUAGUAACUGUUCUGCAGUUUUUAUCAAGGCUGACAACAAUUCCACCUAUGAAAGACCUGAAAUUUACACCUUUACACAAAAUCUACUCAUAUUAUUUUGACAUCACUGAUGUUAUAAUCAGGGGUUGAAUUAGCUUAGAGUUGUCUAGGGCUCAACCUCGGCAUGAAUGGUUGCACUUUUCCACAGACUGGAGAUGGUCAAAGGCUGUUAAGCACAAUUUUCUAAUCAAGAGAGCUGCUUUUGCUGGUUUGCCUCACUAAAGAGAGGCCGCAAUCUUGUUAAUAAUGACAUAAAUUGACUUCGGCGAGGAGAAUCUCUAUUCGGCUCACCAUCUACGCAUAUGUGGACAGCUCUGUCAGGAUGAGAGGGUGCAGUGCAGUUCAGUGCAGCAGACAGUGGGGAUUCAGACAGGUCAUUCAUUUGUCAGUUUGCUUUGUGAAUUACACCUUGAUAUAAAGUAGAUAUCAGGGCAAAUGAUGCACAAUUCUGGGAGCUUAAAGCAGCCACAAAUGUUGAUCAGUAAAUUCCUCCCUCUGUGUUUUAAAUGCUUAUGCUAGCUCACAGAUCAGUUCUAUAGUGAGACUCUUAUAGCUGCUUGGGCCUCAUUGAUGUGUGAUUAAUUACAGAAAGUCAAUAAGUUAUGUUUUUAACAUAGAUAUUUGACAGGUUUGAAAUGCUUCAUGAUUAUUUGUUUAAAUUUGACAUGCCCUGGAGCAUUUAUCGUGUCACUGCACAUAUUUUCAAUGAAAGACAGAUUUAUUUCCUUCAUGUGAAAGUGUUUCCCAUUUCAAAACCAUGGUUAGUUCAAUGGUUUUCAAAUAGGUUGUGGAUAUACAUGUAAAUCAAAUAAAGGCGAAAAAGGCUUUGCUUUUAGAAAAGGAGGCGAAAAGCUACACUAAACUAAAAUCAAAAGUAGUCCAGCUAUUUUGAGCUCAAGCUGCAACUGCAAGAGUUCACAGUUGUACCCAGCAAACCUGGAUAAUUAGCUUCUGCACGAUUCUAUAUUUAUUUUUGGCUGCAUCUAUGCUCAUGGAAAUAGAGCACUUAGUUUUGUUUAACUUGAGGUGCCAUUCACUUGACAGAUGAGAUUCUAUUUUGGAAGUAAAACUAACAGUAGUAUUGUGCCUGAGGUGUAUAUCUUACCAGGAGCGUUCUUUAUAUAUAAUAUUACAUAAUAGUCUCAGCCAAAAGGAUGGAUGAUAAUGUUUAUGUCCCUUGUCUUGUGUUUCGAAAACAGACUCGCUGAAAUGUCUGCUGCAGGGUUGAAAUGAUGUGCAUCUAACACAAAGCAGGAACGUGCUGAAAGCUGCUUUACACAUGACUUGAUCCGCGAGCAAACAUUUCUGAUUGACUGAUCAAAGUGAGGCCUUAAUUUGUUCGCAUACAGUGGGAUGUGUGUGUGUGUGUCUGUGCGACUGCACUGCAGAUAUCACGAAAUCAUCACUCUGUACAAAUCAGCUCCCACAACCUCCCGCUCUUGUUGCCCCUGGAUACAUUUUCACUCUGCAGAGAGAGCAGACAGGCCAUCCCUUUCUGGGGCUCCAGUGCCGUUUCUAGGGCGACCGCUGAAUGACCGCUGCCUGGCCGUGAGUCAAAUGCAGCCAUGGCGCUUACCCCAUUGAGCCAGCCUGAAUAGAUGCCCGUUUUCUCAUAACACCCCUUUCCGUCUCCAUCUGCCAGCCAUGUAUAGUCGGCCAGCACUCAACCGUACAGCUAACUUCUGUCAUUGUAAAACUGGUCUAUACUAAUUUAGUCUCUUUCUCUGCUGUGUUUUUUUUCUUUCAGGGGAGAGGGCUGAAUAUGGAACAACAAGGUAAGCUAUCCAAGACAUGAAGGUGAAUAAAGUAGGCGAUGAAGUGUUAAAUCCUUCCUGUGUCCCUGGAUGCGGCGGGAAUGAGAUCACAGUUUGGGAAUAGUCUCAACUCCCCUCUUGUUUGUUGUUGAACAAAGGGGUUUGGAGGAACAGAGCAGUUCGAUCCAUAAGAAUUAUGUUUAUAUCGAGGAAUGAAAUGUCAGUGAAAUGAAUAAUGUCUUGCUGUUGUUCUAUUCAUGAAAAAAAAAAAUCCAGAAAAUGAACAUUUAUCGACAAGACAGCAUUAUGACUGAUUGCAUGCAGCAGUUAGAGUUUUGCCCAUUUUGAUCUUUAGUACAUUUCAUAUAAUUCAGUGUGUGAUAACUUCUGGGAGUCAUUAUAACUGAUAUUUUAAUUUAGAGGUGCUGUCUGUGAUUUAAUUAGAGGUAAUAAUUUAUCAUUUAGAAUAAUGUGUUUUUCACUUUCAGGUGGGUAGAUCAGAAGAUCAAUAUCACUCUCAUGACUGAAAAUUAACUCUGCAGGCACCAGUACCUUAGAGUUAGCAGAAGUUGAUAGCAGGAGGAAAAGGAUGAGUGAAAUAAGUUAUAAAAACCACAAUCUGUUCUUUUUUAUUUCAAAGGAGUACUGAAAGCUUCUCCCUAUUUUUAGUCUUUGUUUCAUGAUUCAAUGCCGAUUAUAAAGUCACUUUCUUAGCUAGACGAUUUAGGUGUGCGAGCUGACCAAGAAAGCUUAGUCAGCUAGUUAGCUUAGCAAGCUAGCCACCCAAAAUGAGAUACCCUCAAAGCUCACCUAGCUUAAUAAAUGAGCUAGCUAGCUUACUCAGUGAAUUAGCACAAGAUCAAAUCAGAGGCAGGCAGCUAAAUGUCUUUUUACCGUGAAGAAAAAGAAACUUGGUAUUUUAGCAAAGGUAAAGUUUGCCUGAGCUAUGCUAUGUUAGCAGUGCGCUUACAGCCUUACAUUUGCUCUGUGGUCAUGACAGUGUUAUUGAUCUCACUGCUAUUUUUAAAGGAGCAACAGUUUAUUAGUAAGAAAAUUAAUUCUUUCAGUGUUGCCAACCUAGCGACUUUAUGGCUAGAUUUAGUGACUUUUUUAGACCCCCCUUGCGACUUUUUUUCAAAAAAGCGCCCAGUGACAAAUCUAGCGACUUUUUCUGGGGUUUAGAGUCUCCAACAUAAACGCAGGAAUAGAUGUUACUCUUCUCAACGAGUAGCCAGUGUGUAUCAAAAACACAGACACUCAGACACCCCGUGGAAGACUCCUCCUCCUGGGGUUGGGGGGGUUGGCGGCAACAGUGGGUUUGACAGAGAAAUUAUGCAAAUUUGGCGAUGACGUCAUCUAGCGACUUCUAGCGACUUUUACGACAGCCAUUAGUGAUUUUCCUCACUGAGGAGUUGGCAACACUGAAUGCUGCAUUUACAAAGUAGUCCUUAAUUUUUUGGAUUAAGUUUUAAUGAAGGUGCAAAUUAUUGUGUUAAAACAGCAACAACCCUUUUCAGUGAAGUAACUUGUUCUGUGGUUAAACUAGUUGUUUUGUUGUUAAUAUGGAACAUGUACCAACCAUUCACCCUCCCCCCUACCAUCUCCUCAGGCCCCCCACUCUUCCCCCUAAACCCCAGAGAAUGCGGAAGUCUAGACCUCGCUCCGUUUUUAACCGUAAGCUGUUUAACGGCAAUAUGGAGGCCUUCAUUCAGGUAUUAGCCCAUCUGCGCUCUUUGUCUCUCCAUGAGCUCAGCUGUCUCGCUAGCGGUCCUUGGGGGGUUCUUUUGCCCCUGCCCACUCUUUUACCCAAAUGUUGGCUCACUCACGCACUGACUUUCCUCUUGCUCACUGCCUUGUCUUCACAGUCUUGCAAAUUUGGGAAAGACAUGGUGAGGUGAAAACGCAAUCAAACACAUUUUGGGGAUGGUUUGAUUUAGCGAGCGGUGCACUGGCGCAGGGUUUUCCUUUUAACUUUCAUUCUCUCCCGAGCCCUGGUCUCCAGACGCUGAAUUAAUUUGGUUUUGUGUGUGUCAGAUGGACGUACACCAGACACGUUGGGCUAUGCAGAUAAACACAUGGUCACAUCCACUCUAACUCAGAAGUGUGCUUCAACGGCACCAGAGAUAAAAAUCGUGAUUCAUUUGAGCUCAAAUUAGAAGUCGGCUGGUCAAAAGCCAACUUUUACUUUUUCAGGGUUUAACAAAAUCAGACUUUUUUAUUUGAUUGCAUUUUGGGGUGUCGAAAAUAGUGGGCAUCUGUAACUUUAUUUCCUUGCGUGCUAAAAAGCCCUGCAUUAUGUGGAGCCCCUCACCCCCAUCCUCUCUAGCACCCUCCCUCCCACAUAACUCCCCGCCGAGCUGUGUCCACAUGUCUCACACCCCACAAGGCACUGAAGCUUUGGCUCCUCUCUCAGUCCAGGCCUCCUCUUUUUCUCUCUGGGUAUGAUCUGUCUCUCUCCCACUAACCUGUUGUGGUUCUUGUUGCCUCUUUUUCUUCUGUCUCCGUGCCUUCCCGCUCUCUGCCCAGGGGAAGAAGGAAUGUCCGAGCGAGGAGUCAGGUACUCUGUCUUUUAGCAGGAUGGGAUCAAUGCAAUGUGUUCAGUAUGCUUACCAUCAUUACCUUUCCUCUGUCCUGUUGGCAUUCCUGUGAAAAUACUGCUGUAAUAGUAAUACAUAAUGGUGCAAACUUUAGCUGAUCUGCUCAUAUUUGGACAAUACACUUCACAUGAUUCUUUAAAAAAAACAAUCAGUAGCCUAACUUUCUCAUCACUCAGUGAAAUUGUUUAUUUGAGGGGCUUCGUCUGUAAGCCUCUGAUGAAAAAUUGCUUUCUGAUCAUUUUGUUUGCGUUUCUUUACUGAUGGUUUGAAUCUGUUGGGCAGGAUUCGGGGCAGCCUAUACCAGUGGUGGUUGAAAGCUGCGUUCGCUACAUCAAUCUGUAUGGUAAGUCGCAUUUGUGACUUAAAAUUACUGAUCACACAUAAAUCUUUGCUUCAUCAAACUCUCAAUCUACAAGAUUACAGAAGUAUAUGUUAUGAACAGUUCUUCAUUAAAGUUUUAGUCUGUGAAAUGUUUUUAAGGUUAUCAUUUUCCAUUGUUAAUAAAGUUAACUUAUUGCUGAUAUAAAUUGCCUGAUCAAUAAGUCAGCUUUUAGAGCCACUUCUAUCAAUGAUAGGAGCCAAGGUUAGCAAAGGAUAAUUGUUGUGUUGUUUUAAGUGAAUAUUGAACAAGUUUAGCAACAGUGCACAACUGUUCAUUAAUCUUCACAAUAACAAUAAAUCUCAAUAGUUCCGCAGAUCAGGUGGAAACUGUCAGAAAAGUGGAAAAAAAGAGGGUUUUGUUAGGGCUGGGCGAUAUGGCCUCAAAUCAAUAUCACGAUAUAUUGAGCAGUUCACUUCGAUAAUGAUAAUUUGACGAUAAUUACUCCACAAGCUGCUAACCCCCAUCCACAUUAACUUCAUCUACUUGACCCGUUGCUCCAGCCGCUACAACUUUUGAACCGUCCUCCAUCUCCUCACCUGUCUUUCCCUCUUUGUUACGGACUGGAUGGGGUGGAGUCACAUCUCUGACAUAGGACAGCGUCUUAAAGGGACAUGAGACCAUAGCCUACCUACACACAUCCAAAACCAACUUUUAUUGAUUUAUGUUUUUGACACCAAAUAAACCGAUAUGAUCAAAAAGAUGUCGGUUAUUGUCGUAAAUUUCAGUAUAAGCACAUUUUCGGUUUAUCGCCCAGUCCUAGAUUUGUACUCCUGAUUUGUCUUGCUCUUCCAAAGUUUCAUGUACUUUUUGGUCAAAAAAAGACACGUGAUGUUUCUAUAAAGAGAGCCUUAAUGUUUUUGAGAUAGACUGUAACAGCGGCCCACAUUUAAACUAGACAUUGUUUGUUUUUCUAAUAUUUUCCUCUCUGGCGAUAAGAUCUUGUAUUUGUUUUUUCUCUCCUCAGGUCUGCAGCAGCAAGGUAUAUUCCGAGUUCCUGGUUCUCAAGUCGAAGUCAAUGACAUCAAGAAUGCAUUUGAAAGAGGUCAGUCUCAGGGUGAUCGGCCCUUUUCUCCAUAUUGAUUUUAAAUCACAUUUUGUCCACCUCAAAAGCCACAGUGUCUCCCACAGGCUUUUAAAGUGCAAAUGCAGAGCCUGUGUGUGACAUGUGACCGUGUAAUGGACAUGUAAACUGGUUUAGCUGCACAAAAUGUAGAAUCAGCAUCUUGGAGGAAUAAUAAAUGACAGAGAUAGUUGUUCUUUCAGUGUUUAUAUCGAAUUCUGAUCUUAAAAUAUGCAUAAAAAUGCAUUAGUGUCUUGUUACAUCUGCAAAAACACUAGUAGGUAAUGAAUGAAUGAAUAAAAUGUAUGCUUUGUCUCCAGGAGAGGAUCCACUGGUGGAUGAUCAGGCUGAUCAUGACAUCAACUCUGUGGCAGGCGUUCUUAAGCUCUACUUCAGGGGGCUGGAAAACCCGCUUUUCCCCAAAGAGCGUUUCCUGGACCUCAUAUCCACAACAAGUGAGUCAUCAUCCUCCAGGAAAACCACAAAGAGAUCAGAAUUAUGUUUCUAUUGUUUUUUUUUUACUCACUGUCUUUCUGUAUUUCAGAGCUUGACUCUGGUGCAGAGAGAGCUCAUCACCUCCAGCAGAUCAUCGUGACUCUCCAGCGGCCUGUGAUCAUCGUCAUGAGAUACCUGUUUGCGUUUUUAAAUCAGUGAGUCCUGUCACACACACAAACAUUUUCUCGAUAUUUAAAACAAAAUACUGAUAUCUCCUUUCUCUUCAGUCUGUCUCAGUACAGUGACGAGAACAUGAUGGACCCCUACAACCUGGCGAUUUGCUUUGGCCCCACCUUGAUGCCCAUUCCAGAUGAUCAGGACCCUGUGGCCUGUCAGGCUCAUGUUAAUGAGGUCAUUAAGACCGUUAUCAUCCACCAUGAGCUCAUCUUCCCGACGCAGAGAGAGCUGGAGGGACCUGUGUAUGAAAAGUGCAUGACUGGAGGAGAGGAGUACUGGUGAGUAGAGGAAAAGGUGUUGUUUACGUUAGCUAGUGGUCUCCAAUUAAAACAUGUGUUGUUUAACAUCUUUAUUUCCCCGACUUGAAAUUAAUCAGUCAAUCCAAAAGUAACAUUUUUGUCAGAAGGAGGUGGUGAAAUUACAGUUUCCUGGAUGUUCUGUUGCUCCUUUCCUUAAAUUGACCUGAUAUGUGACACAUAUAUGAUCAGGUUUUACCCAGUGCUGCUUUUGCUUUUCAAAAUAAGUUACUGUUGUCAUGGCAAUUUGAUCAAUCAAAACCAAAGUAUUUAACACAUCCAGGUGAUUCAUUUAAAAGCAGGAAUAAAGGAUUGUUUGCAGGGCUUGACACUAACUUUUUCAUAAGGAGCACAUGAGCUAAGUUUAAAAAGUAAGGAGCACACAAAGAACUUUAGGGGCACAAUGAAAAUCGAUUAAAAAUGUGUUUCUUGUUGGUCAACAUAAGUACUAUUAUUUGUAAUGAAUUUUAGGUCAAUUGGUCACAUGACAUGGAAGCUAUUAAAGGGUUAAAACAGCCUUUUUUUGAGAACCUCAACCAGUAAUUUGUUGAUGGUCCCUUAUUUAACACCUGACGUUAACAGCGAGGCUGCUGAGUAGAUUUAACCACGCUACUGUUGCUAUUCCCUGUUAUGGAGAGCGUGAAGACACCGGUAGAUCCGCAGUGGAUGUCCGUUGAAUAUCCAACCUAAAACUAACUUCGCCGCGGUAUUUACAUGAAAAAACAUUUAUUGCCACGGCUGAUUUUUUUAUGCAUACGUGCCCCUAAAUACAUUUUAUGAUUCGCAGACAUCUAUCCUGGGUUGUCUCUUUUGUGUGACUGACUGUUUUUCUAUUCUUCUCUGUUAAGUGAAAGCCCCCACAGUGAACCAGGAGCUCUUGAUGAGGUUGACAAUGGUACAGGACCAAACACGAGUGAUGAAGGUGAGUCACCGAACACAGACUUUAAGAGGCAGAAUAAUCAGAGCGCUUGUUAUCAAUCUUUCUGUGUACUCAUAAUUCUUGUUUUUGCAGAGCUGGAGCAGAUAGAGGCCAUCGCAAAGUUUGACUAUGUCGGACGAAGUCCUCGAGAGCUGUCCUUCAAGAAGGGGGCCUCGCUGCUGCUCUACAUGCGAGCCUCUGAGGACUGGUGGGAGGGUCGACACAAUGGUGUGGAUGGACUGAUUCCACAUCAGUACAUUGUGGUGCAAGACAUGUGAGUUAGACACACUUGGGUUGCAGAACACAUUUGUUGUCAAUUGAUAAUUUUGUCAGUAAAGUACAGCAGGUGCUUUAGAUUUUGCUCUGCUUUGUGUGGCAGCAUAUCUGCCGAGAGCUCUUUUGAUGUGCUUUGAGAUUAAACUUUUACAAAGGUCAUUCUCUCUGAGGAAAAGCCAAUAUUAGCAUUUUCUGAGGACAAGUGCUGAUUAUCAGUCUCUCCUGUCUGUCUGUCUGUCUGUCUGUGUCAGGGAUGAUGCAUUUUCAGAUAGCACACAAAGGACUGAUAGCUCAGCAGGCAGUGGACCACAACACGAGGAAAGAGCCGGGUCUAGAAUUGAGCACCAGUCUCCCUGUGAGCACACACCGGAGCACCGCUUUGGAGCCGCAUUAGGAAGGUGGCGUUAGUUUAAAAUCGUAAAACUCUCAUUUCAGUGUGUAUUUUAGUCACAAAUUGGCCUGUUUUUCAUUUUAAAUUCUCAUUUGAGUACUCAGAGUCCACUGACAUCACACUGUGACUUUUCCCAGAGUGAGAGUACGAUCAGAUGGAGCUGUAGGUCCUCGCCACAGGAACGGCGCAGACAGUCACAGCCCCAGCAGAGCCACAGACCAGCCCCCCAGGGUUAUGCCACGGCCCUGCAGCCCACACAAAAUAGCGGUUAGCAGGGGUCCAGCAGACAGCCCUGAGAAACGACGUCUCACCACAUUUGGCAGCGCCGGCUGCAUCAACCACCCGGACAGAAAGGCCUUCAUUGAAAGCCACUCUCAACGAUCUUCACCCAGCACUACACGCCAUGCAAGUUUGGGGGAUCACAAAACUCUGGAGGCCGAGGCCCUCGCUGAGGUGAAUGUGAAAUAGAUUUUAAAAUGUAGAAAAGCAGACAAAGCCAACAAGUCUUUAAGUCUUUGAGUUUUAUUUCAAAUAAAAAAGAACCUGCAUCCAACUCUCUGUAUUUAUCGUUUUAAUGGAGCAGCUUCUUGUCAGUUUUGUUCAGCUGUGUUGCAGGUUGGUAAGCCAUAAAAAUAUUGUGAUUCUGGCAAACUCAAUCUUUAUUGCCAAGUGAAAGACAAAUAGUGGUAAACAUCUGGAGGGACAAUGGACCAUCUCUUUUAGGAUGACCAUACGUCCUCUUUUACCCGGACAUGUCCACUUUUUUGGUGGCUGUCCGGCUUUGUCCAGGGACGUUUAUAAGGUCCUUCAAAUGUCUGCAGUUUUGUACGCAAGUUUCGAUUUUGUGUCACGUGGAAUUAAUGAGUUAGAAGUGCGUAAAAGACACUCGAUCCGACCCAAAAAACUCUCAAAAUUAACUUUGUGCAACUCCGUGACUCCGCCCCCGCAUAGCCGCGUCCUCUUUCUAGGAAGUCAGAAUAUGGUUACCUUAAUGUCCUAACUUCUAGCAACAUCUUUAACAACUUAACUUGCUCCUGCUAGAUAGAAGUGAAUGUUAGCAUUCAAGCUCCUCCAGGCUAACAUUACUGUUUGUUUAUGCGGCUUAGUCAGCAGGACAGAAUCAAAUUUUAGGCUGAGUUUAGUGAGUUAGCCUUAAUGUAAGCAGGAAUCAAUUAAAGGCAAAUGUUUUCUAUUUUGACUUGGCAUUCAACAGCUAAUGGAUUAUAUAAUUAUUUGUGACAACAGAGGAAAAUCGCUCUUUUUUAGACAUGGUAACACGUAACCCUUUAAUGUCUUUUGUAUCAUAUUUGACACAAACUUUGAUACUUCUGUCAAAUCAAUAUCAAUCGAUCAAUGAUCAACAAAUUACUAAAAAAACACCUAACUACGGUCCAAAAAAUGAUAAAAAUGUCCUUGUGGUUUAUCAGUUUCCAAAAACAUCUAAUAUUUCAAACCAGAUAAAUAUAUAUUUGUUAAAUUUUAAGGACAUUAUGAUUUCUUUGGUUUUCAGUAGUAAGUGAAAAAAAACAUUUCAGCUCCAGAAAAAUUUGAAUUUUCUGGCCAUAAUUUGUGGUUUCAGCUUUAAAAGGAGUUCUCUGUUGUAGAGAUAACUGUCCAAAGUAAAACACUAUAUUUUUAGUACACUAACUCUACUAACCCCACAACAACAACAACAACAACAACACUGAAUCUCUAGUCAAAAUUCUAUCUUUGGUUUUCCUGCACUUCUUCUUUGUUGUGAAGUUCUCUUAAGUUUUGCUCACGUAUUUUUUCCUCCUGUCGUGUCUGCAGGAUAUUGAGAAAACAAUGAACACAGCUCUUCAUGAGUUGCGUGAGCUGGAGCGACAGAAUGUAGCCAAACAUGCCCCUGAUGUUGUUUUGGACACACUGGAGCCCCUCAAACACCCCGGCGGAGGCCAAGAUCCUCCUGGCAGCCCUCUGCAUACCAUGGUGAUCAGAGAUCCAGAUGCAGCCCAGCGACGCAGCAGCAGCAGCUCCUCCUCCGAGACCAUGACCACUUUUAAACCGGCUCUGUCGGCACGCAGGCCGAGCGCACCUCUACGACCCCCACCUGUCAGACCUGUCAGGCCUGCUCCUGUGAUUGGACAGGGCCAGGGACCACACCGCUCCAGCAGUUCUAGUUCUUCUGGCCUCGGCAGCCCGGGCAUCACACCCACUGAUAGGAUGUUUCCCAAACCUCCCUCCCCAUCUCCAUCCACCUCCUCCUCAUCCUCAGACAAACAGGGUAACAUGUAGCCCCAGUCAGUCACAAGUUAAGAGGUGGAAGAACUUUAUAGACAAUGAGUGACUGACACCUUGUCUGUAUGCUGAAUAUUUACCAUUAAUCUUGUACAGUAUAGGACUGCUACUGUGGGGAACUUGUAAGUGGACAAGUGGAUGUGCUAUGCUACAAUGUUACACAGAAAUGGGACUGCAAUUUAUGAUAAAAAUACAUACAAUGCCAUCAUGCUGAAAAGCCAGGCUGGAAAAAAAGGGAUGCACUGAAAAGAAAAAAAUCUUUUACUGAUAUUUCACAUUUAAAAUCUUAUCUGUUUACAAAUAUGCUAUUAGUUCAAACUUCAGAUCUGGUUUCACAGUCCAUAAAAAGGAGAAACUUAGGGGGAUGAGUCUCAGCUGAUUAUGCAGAUAUCUAGUUUUGAUGGUAGUUUAUGUAGAGCUGAAACUACUACUCCCCAGCUGCCACUUAUAUUGCUUAAAAAGCCGGUCCUUCAGUGACAGCGCACUUUAACAAGAGUAAAUUUUAGUAACCAUGGCCGUGUGUAAAUCACUCAGUAUCUGAAUUCUUGGUAUGAUAUUUUCAUCUUUUAAAAUUUGUUCAAAUAAUCCAGAAAUUAGACUCAAUUUUUGUGCUAUGCAUGUUGACUCAUUUCUGUCAAUUAUCCCACGUCGAUGUUACAUAACCUUUUAGCUGCACAAACAACAGAUGUGUGAAGUCACACCUGUUCAAAGUAAACAUACAGCUUAUUUGAGAAUGAUAAAGUCCAAUGGCCAAGUAUGGUUUGCAUUAAAUCAAAUUAUUUUUUAUUUUAUUACAAAGAGAUGUAAGCAGAUGGCUGUAGAUGCAGUUUCUCUUAUGCCCACUAGGCGCCGCCUUCAAGGGAAUGUCAUCCGUAUUUGAGCCACUACCUAAAAAAUCCUGAGUUUGGCACCACAGGCUGUUUAAAACACACCCACACAGUUACACACCGUCCCACCCACACAAUUACACAAUUACACAAUUCCAUCCCAUGAUUACUGAGGAUAAAGGGAGACAGGCAACACCUAGACAGCACUGACUUUCAGUGGGUUUAGCUUAUUUUUUAUUUGAGGAAACUAAAAGACAUACUUUGAAAAUGUCACAACUAUUCUGAAUUUACAAAAUCAUUUUACUAUUAGAGACCAAGUAUGUCCAAGGCAGUGGUUCCUGUAAAACUUAGCACAGUUGAUUGUGUUUGUAUUUUGGUUUGAUUUUGUUUGGGUCAGCUUCUAAGCACAAAUGCAGUCAUACCAUGAGGUGGCCCAUUUGACCAAUAGCAGACCCGUCGGUCUUUAGCCUGUUCUUGACCAGGUAAACUGGCAACAGUGCAGCAACAACAAUCUUCAACUGAGCCUCUCUUUUUGCAUUUCCUCAGCAGUGGACUGGGACUGUAACAAACCGACUGUGAUUCUCAUAAUUGGUACAUUCGAAAUGUUUACUGCAUGUUAGGACCGGCACACCUGAAAAUGAAGCUCACUGAAAAUGGACCACAGCCCAAACUUCUUUUUGCCUUCAUUCAUCAAUCUCAGAAUCGGUCUGUGGGUGUCAGUAGCAGACUGGGCUGCAGGGUAAAAGUGACACAGAGAAGAUUGAAUACUAUUGUGGAUGUCAUGCACACAUCACCCUAUAACUAAUACAUAAAAAUAUGAUGAAAUUUAAUCAAAUGUUCCUAUACUAUAGUUAUAUCUCCAAAUGAAAAGAUAAGCUGUUACCUCAAUAAAGAAGUAAAGUGUUCUCCUACAAUUCAAGAGACUAAUGCACUAAACUCUACAGGGAACUGUGCUGCAUUUGUAGGUUCUGUGUUUUCAUUUGGAUGAAGUUGUACUAAAAACAUGAUAUAGCACAUCAGUAUCAUUGAAGCUUACAUAAUGUCUAGAAUGCACACAGUCAGCCCAGGCUGUGUGGGUGUUUAGAUGAACUUGUUUACUGUUGGUGGUGUUUGUCGUCUGUCUCAUAAGGAUGAUCAAUAUAUCUAUAAAGUGUAAUAGGUACAUCAAAUUGAAUAUAUACAUACCCUUAAAGGAUACUUGUACAAAUAACAUUGUAUGAUAGGAACAGGAUAUAUUAUCAUGUCUAGUCUGUAGAUUUUUGUAACUCUUAUCCUUGCACAAACAUUAACAAAACAAUAAAUCAAUGAAACCUCACAGAAAC